GACCAUGAAGGAGCAUGUGACCAGUGACGUCACAGACCUCGUUCUAACAACUCCACUCUAGCAUCUACCAUGGCGGGGGUGGAUAUCAGAGAUAACUUACUCAGCAUCUCCUGGGUGGACAGCUCCUGGAUCCCCAUAUUAAAUACGGGGACUGUGCUGGACUAUUUCUCGGAGAGGAGUAACCCCUUCUACGACAGGACCUGCAAUAAUGAGGUGGUUAAGAUGCAGAGGUUAACACUGGAGCAUCUGAAUCAGAUGGUCGGCGUGGAGUACAUUUUGCUGCAUGCACAAGAGCCCAUACUGUUCAUCAUAAGAAAGCAGCAGCGGCAGUCGCCUACACAGGCUAUACCACUGGCUGACUACUACAUCAUAGCAGGCGUCAUCUACCAGGCCCCCGACCUCGGAUCUGUCAUCAACUCCAGAACACUUAGUGCGAUUCAUGGGAUCCAGUCAGCAUUUGAUGAGGCAAUGUCUUACUGCCGCUAUCAUCCCUCUAAAGGCUACUGGUGGCACUUUAAAGACCAGGAGGAGAGAGACAAAGCCAAACCAAAGGCUAAAAAGAAGGAAGAGGCCAGCUCCUUCUUCCAGAGGCAGAGGGUGGACGCGUUACUUCUAGAACUCCGGCAGAAAUUUCCUCCAAAGUUUAUUCAGCAAAAAACUGGGGAGAAACCAGUACCUGUGGAUCAAAUAAAAAAAGAACCCGAGCAACCGACUGAAACCAUAAAACAAGAGGAAAAGGAGCCGGUUAAAGCUCCGCCCGGAGGUACCCCCAAAGGUCCCCCAGAGAAGAGAAUGAGACUGCAGUAGAAGAGGACCCUCCGAAAAGAGUGGCGGGUUCUUACCCUUCCAUGUGGACGUUGUACAUAGCUGGAUACAUGCACCAUGGUCAAUACCUCUAGAUGCCAGCCCUGCCAGCUGGUGGAGGGGACAUCUUUGUGACAGAGACUGUAAGAAGGGGAAUGCAUUGGUUUUGUAAUUUUUAUAGUUAUGUAUAAUUAUAUAAAGUGACUCCCUCUGUGUGUGACCAUUGUCCUUGUCGGGGAAAGCAGAAUUCAGGAUUAUUAGGACCACACAGAAGAGGGCGGCCCACAGCAAGGGUUAUAAUAGGUUAGUGUCCUUUAUGUAAAAAAUUAACUCAGGUUGUGGGUGUAGAUGAGCUUCCCACAGUGCUAUGUGCUGCAAGAUCAGCCAGACAUGUAACUGCCUACUACACCCUUCCAUGAAAACUAAACCCACUACCACCCCCAUCAUCUACUUGCUGUCUACUGCCGUACAGCUUUGAUAUGACAAGCAGUGGACUCCGCCUAGCCUGCUUGUGGAUUGGGAGCCCACAUGGGUCUGACAUCACGACCUUUGGGGGGGAUUCUAACAGAGUGGAUCAUGAUUGUGAUGUCAGAGGAAAUACCGUCUCCACAGAGGCGUUAUUUAUAUCGGGAUAACCCCUUUAAGAUUGGUGCCAUUUCCAAGCUCUUUGUCUACAGGCAAUGACCGAUCCAUCUAACAAUGCUGUGAUGUGGUAGGCCUGCUCGCUGUCGCCCCCCAGUGGGCAAAAUAUUAUAGGUCACCAGACCAGAGGGCGGCUGUCCUGGAAGUAAAUAGCGCUCUGAACCAUGACUGUAAGGGCGCAUUCACAUGACCGUAGUAUUUUGCGGAUCCACACGGAUACCGGCUGUGUGCGUUCAACAAUUUUAGGGCCACAACUAUAAUAGAAAAUGCCUAUUCUUGCGG